AAAAUAUUUAUUAAAACUCCUGAGCAAUUAAUGUGAAAAAUUAUAUUAAAAAAGUAAAUUUGGUAAGACUAAUCCUGAUUUAAACGGUGUCAUAGUAAAAAUUGACACAUCAUCAAAGUCAAGUAUCAAAAUGCUUGUGUUUGUUUUCACCGCUCUUUCUCUUCUCUCCCCAUGUCUUGCGACAAUUCCAAGGCCAAGAGGCGUCGCCAUAUCAAUGGCCAGCUUCUACAAGCCAGAUGUUCCAUUCCAGUGCCUAGAUGGAAGCAAACAGGUCCCGUUUGAGUAUGUAAACGAUGAUUACUGUGACUGCCCAGAUGGCUCUGAUGAACCUGGUACCUCUGCGUGCACAAAUGGCAAGUUUCACUGUACGAACGCUGGCUAUAGACCUAUCAACAUCCUGUCCUCCAGGGUCAAUGACGGCAUUUGUGACUGUUGUGAUGGUUCCGAUGAGUGGGAGGGGAACAUUGAAUGUGUUAACAACUGCAAGGAGUUAGGUCGUAAGAUGCGUGAGGAUAGAGAGAAACAGAUGCAGCUGCAGGACAGUGGCUACAAGGUGAAACUGCAGUACAUGGAGGAGGGCAAGAAGAGAAGGGCAGAGAAAAGGGCUGAGAUGGAAACCCUGGAGCAAAGCAAGGUUGAGCUGGAGGCGUUGAAGAAUGAGGUAGAGGCAAGGAAAAUCGAAGUUGAGGGCCCAGAAAAGGAGGCCAAAGAGAAACAUGAGCAGGCUUGGAAAGAAGUGCAGGAGGCAAAGAAAGCUGAGCUGGACAAGAUCAAGGCUGAGACGGCCUUCUACGAGAUGGAUGAAAACAAGGACAAUAGGGUUGACCUAGUGGAGAUCAAGGCCCAUGCCCAGUUUGACGUGGACAACAACGGGGAGGUGUGUGACAGUGAGGCAAGGGAGCACCUUGAGAUCGGUGAGGAGGCCGACCAUGUGGACCUGGAACACUUCAUGGAGAAGGUGUGGCCCAACAUCCGAGACUUCUACAAGUCACCUGCCGAACAGGAGGACAAGGGAGACAACCAAGAAAUUGAACCGAAGCUGCCACCGAGACCAGGUAGACGGUAUGUUAAAAACAAACUACCAAUGAUUGAGCGCAAGAAACUUCAGAUGAGGGGAAAAUAUACAGAGGAUGAUGGCUAUAUAGACCAUGAAGAAGAUGACGAUGAAGAUGAAUUUGAUGAUGAUGAUGACAUUGAUGAUGAUGAUGAUGAGAAACCAGAAGACAACAUGCUGGAACCUCCCAAAGCAACUUCGAGUGGAGUUCCUGAUCUUGUUGUACCUCCAACUGGGGAAGAGGAGAAUCGUGUGGGAGAAAAUAAGACAGGGGAGGAGGAGGCAAUGCCGGAAUACGAUGACGAAACCAAACAACUCAUUGCAGUUGCUGAUGCAGCAAGGAAACAGUUUACAGAUGCAGAUAACGCACUCCGGGAUGCUGAAAAUGCAAUAAGAGAUUUGCAGAAUUACCUCAACUUGGACUAUGGUCCUAAUGAAGAGUUCAGUGCACUGAAGGGGAAUUGUUACGAGUAUACAGACAGAGAAUAUACCUAUAAACUGUGCGGGUUUGAGAAGGCAACACAGAGGCCUAAAGCUGGAGGGUCAGAAACUACUCUAGGAAACUGGGGUAAAUGGGAGGGCACUCCAGAAGAUAAAUAUGCGGCCCAGAAAUACGAGAAUGGCCAGUCCUGUUGGAAUGGGCCUAACAGAUCUGUCAAGGUCAACAUGAAAUGUGGUCUGGAGAAUAAGGUGACCGGUACCUCUGAGCCGAGUCGUUGUGAAUAUGCCUUUGAUUUUGAGACUCCUGCCAGGUGUACAGAACCCCCAGCCAGGGCCUCAGACGAUACGCAUGAUGAACUGUAGAUGUGCCAACACCCUCAAUAUUGUCCAUCAUUCUAUAGGACUAUAGAGGAGUGUCUUAGAGAGUAUAAUUGUGCUAACAUUUUGUGAUAUUUCGUACCAUAGUGGAGAAACCAUAGUUAAUAUGAAUUUAGACACAUUGCCACCUAAUGGUAUAAAUUGGCCUGCUGAAUGAUGAAUGUGGAUUGUUUUAUAAAGAGCUAACAUCAUUUUAAUGAUAUAAUCUAAGACUGUACCUGAUCUAACUAAAACCUUGUGUACUUCCAUAUACGUUGAACUCACUAUUGGUAUAAAGCUAUGAAUUCCAUUGCUAUUAUAAAUACUUACGCAUUAUUGUGCUUCUUUUUAACUUACUAUUCUAUGAGCACAACUUAAGAUUCCGUAAAAUUUUGUUUGUAUUAUAAAGCUGCCUUACUCAAAAUAUCAUGAGUAUUCUAUGCAAUAAAUAUUAAAACAUU